AUGACACGUUUCAGAGGGUGCAUUGAUAUCCAUUCAGGACAGGUCAAACAAAUAGUUGGUGGGACAUUACACCAAGACGAUACAACACCAACAAGUUCAUCAUCAAAAUUAUCAACAAAUUUUGUUUCAACUAAACCUUCAUCAUAUUAUGCCAAUUUAUAUCAACAAAACAAUGUCACUGGGACUCAUGUUAUCAAAUUAGGGUCAAAUACUGCUAAUGAUAAUGCCGCUCUGGAAGCGCUACGAACAUGGCCAAACGCUUUGCAAAUUGGUGGUGGUAUCAAUGGUGAGAAUUCUAAAUAUUGGAUUGAACAAGGUGCUAGUCAUGUUAUAGUAACAAGUUGGUUAUUCCCAGAUGGUCAAUUCUCUCAAGAAAGGUUAGACCAGCUAGUUAAUGAAGUAGGAAAAGAAAGAAUUGUCAUUGAUUUAAGUUGUAGAAAAAAAAUUGAUGAAAAGAAUGGUGAAGUUAAAUGGGUUGUUGCAAUAAAUAAAUGGCAAACAAUAACAGAUUUUGAAUUGAAUCGUGAAAACUUCAGUAAAUUAAGCAAUUUUUGUGAUGAGUUUUUAGUCCACGCUGCAGAUGUUGAAGGUUUAUGUAAUGGUAUUGACGAAGAAUUAGUUGUAAAACUAAGUGAAUGGUGUGAUAUUCCAAUCACUUAUGCUGGUGGUGCUAAAAAUGUUAAUGAUUUAAAUACAGUUGAAAAAUUAAGUAAAGGGAAAGUUGAUUUGACAUAUGGAAGUGCUCUAGAUAUAUUUGGGGGUAAUUUGGUUAAGUUUCAAGACUGUGUUGAUUGGAAUAACAAUUCAAAUUGA